AUGGCGGAAAAACCUGAAGCUCAAGAUGCCGGAUUUGUCACGGUGAAGACCUGGCUACCGUCUCUCCCAUUUCCGCGCAAUGAAGACAGGGAGGAGAUCAUCACGGAGAGGCUCGUCAUUAGGCCGUGGAAGCUAGACGACGUACCUGCGGUUCACGCCAUUCGCACACAGCCCGAGGUUAUGAUGUGGACGUCGCAAGCAAGACCAGAUGCGAACAUGGCCGAGACGGAGGCAAAGGUCAAGCUUUUCACGUCACCUAACGACGCCGGGAAUUUCAACUUUGUGAUUUGCGACAAGGCGACGGGCGAGAUGAUCGGCAUGGGAGGCAACCAUCGCCGUGAGUCAGAUGUAGGCUGGCCCGAGCUCGGCUACAUUCUGCGAAAGGAAUAUUGGGGCCGAGGGCUCGCGACCGAAUUUCUCCGGGGCUUCCUCGAGGCCUAUCGCAAGCUCCCUCGGUCGCAAGUAGAGCUGCGGGUGGCGGCGACGUCGAUAGUGCCGUCCCUGGCCGAUGGCGACAUGGCUGACGAGUUGCUGAUAGCAGAGGUCGAGCCCUCCAACGCCCGGUCCCACGGCGUCAUGAAGAAAGUCGGCUUUGAGUAUUUUACAGAGGUUACCGAAUACGACACACACGACCCGUCAAAGCCCGUGGUGUUGGCGGUUUAUCGAUAUCUCCCCGCCAGGGCAAUCGGAUCUCGUUGA